AUGUAUCCCUCCCACACCGGAAGUGAAAUGGAGAGCCCCGUUGAGGCAGAGGAGCUUGAGGGAAGUCAUGAGGAGACUAGCUCACACUCACUGGAUGAAACUGCAGAGGACUGGCUCACCCAGGGUGUUCAUACAACUGAACGUAGGUCUGCGGGACAGCAGUCAGACUCAGAGCCUGUGGACCUAACAGGGCGAGAGGACAAGGGGAGAUGGCAGGAGGAGUCUACAGCCCAGAAAUAUGUUCAAGAGAAUGAUACCCAUGUCCCUGUGUCUCCUGACCCAUCAGACACCCUGGAAACGAUGCAGGAUCAAAGGCUCCCAGUGAACAAUUAUGAUGGUGAUGAGGAGGAAGAGGAGAAAGAAUUUGUUGUUCUUGGCCCAGAUCACGAACUGGUGAAAAGGCAUCAAGUAGCUCUCAAUGUUCAGCUCAUGAAGGAGCUGGAGAGAAUUAACUCUGCACUGAAAGAGAAGCUUGCCUUGGAUAAAACUUAUGAGUCUGAGAUUGACGAUGGCUCAAUGGAGAUUUACAGAGUCAAUGAGAAUCUGGUCAGGCUACAAUACAAAUUAGAGGAUCUUCACCAGACCAAAGCCGAGGCUGCAAAUAAACACCACCAGACACUCAAGCAGCUGGAGUCCAAAAAGUGCCAGUUCUCCAGCUCUACAAACCAGCACAAGCAAAUGAAGUCCAAUGUGUCCCGGCUCCAGUCAGAGAUGGACAGUCUGAUGCGUAAUCUUACCUUCACUCAAGACGUCAGUAACGAACUUCACUCCAAUGUAAAAGCAAUGAGAAUUGCCACACAUAAAGCAGAAGCUGAGAAGUUCCAGGCUGAGGAACAGAAACUAAAGCAGGAUUUAUAUGUGGAACGUCUGACCAAAGAAAUGGAGAGACUGACAGAGCAGGUGGCUUUGUACAACGCUCAGACGAGUGCCCAGGCAGAUGAGACGCAGGCCGCUAAAGAGGCCCUUUCAGAGGCUGAGAUGGAAAUGGCCUCGUUGUUAAUGGACCAUAAGCAGCUGUUGCAGCAGUGGAACAGCAGUCUGGUCGGGAUGAGAAGAAGAGGGGAGGCAUUCACAGCGAUGCAGGAGACUGAGCGCUUGCUUGAGCACCAGUUACUUUCACUGGACAGGGAUAUUAAAGGCUAUAAGAAAACCAUCACAGGGGAGCAGGAGCAAAAUGAGAUACUUACGAUGCAGCUGAACAGGGCGCAGAUGGACAAUGCUACCACCAAAUCGCUCAUAAAUCAGAAACAAGCCCAGGAAGAGGCUAUGCAGACUCACUAUAGCACCAUCCUGCGAACGCUGCAAGAGACAGAGCGCAAUCUGGCACAGUUAACCAAGGAAACCAGUAAACUUGAAGCUGAAGUGAAAGACCAGAGGAGGCAGAUGGAGAAAGAGAGUGCUCUCCGUCUAGAGUUAGAGGACAAGAUCGUGAGUGCCCUACAGCAGAAGCUCACUCACAACAAGGCCGCCAAGUGCUCCCAGAAGCUCUCCGAGAAGCUAUUUGCACUCAAGAAGGAAAAGAUUACUCAGUUGUGGCAGCUGGAGAAUGAAAUUGCAGCCGCUGAUUUGGAAAGCACUGAAAUUGAUCAAAAUUUGGACAACUUGGAGUUCACCCAGAAGAAACUGAAUGAAGAAUCGGCUAAAAUGGACAAAUUGCUUUCUGACCAAAUGAGCAAGAUAUCUUCAUUGAUGUUUUCAAUUGGUCAGAAGCAAAGUAUUAUCACAAAAAUCAAGAAAAAGAUAGAUCAGAUUGCAGCUGUUACCGGGACUGAGGAUCUUAGCCCAAUGCAAAUCAAAGCAGAUGCAAUGAAGGCGCAGAUAGAGGAACUGGAGACAAACAAAAACCGUGACCACCGACUUUGGAUCCAGAAACAAGUCACUCUGGUAGGACUGACCCAGGAGCUGGAGAAAACCAGCAAGAACAUCCUCCAACUAGAGACUGAAUACACAUGCCUGCAGCAGGAGAGGGUACGAAUAGAAAAUUUGAUUGAAGGAGAACACAGAGAUGAGCAGAACAUGCAGAAGAAUACUAGGGUGCUGAGAAGAGAUUUAACCAGACUGAACACUUUCCUGAGUAAGAACAUACAGCUGAGCCAGAUACUGGAGCAGGAUAAUGCACUGAUGCAGACGGACUUCACCAAAAUACUACAGAAUGAGGAGCUAGAGUCCAUCAAGAUGAGAAUGAAAUGGGAAAAAACAGCAGAAGAAAAAGAAAGACUUUUCAACUGUCUUGUUGAAGCAGAACGGCAAAUCAUGCUGUGGGAGAAAAAGAUUCAGAUAGUUAAAGAGACGUACUCCGCAGUGCAAGGGGAGGAAGAGCAGGCCGACAUUCAGAGGUUAAAGGCAGAGAUUCACCGUAUGGAGGUGCGUCUGACUCAGCUGAUGAAGGAGCGGGAGAGGUUGCUGAGAGAGAGUGAGGCGACAGUGGCUCGACGUGAGACCAUCGUGUUACGGCGAGAAUCUAUCCUCCAUAGUUCACCAAAUAAACAGAGCACCAAGGGAGAGCUGCAGAGGCUGAUCCAGAGUCUGCAGCGCAAAAUAAACAACACACACAAGCAAGUGACGGAGAGUGAGCAGGUGAUCAGGGAGCUGCAGGAGAGCCGGGUGAGUGUGGGCCACCGCCUCUCUCAGCAGAAGCAGCAGAUCAUUGACCUCAGCGGGAACAGCUUUGCCUUGGAGCAGGACACAGCCAAUCUCCAGGACAGUAAGGAAAAGAACUUGUUCCAGCUAGUGGUCCUCCAGAGCAGGUCCAAGAAGCUGCAGAGCGUGAAGGACAAUAGGUACAAACCUUUGUCCAACAGCGAGUCCAUCAGAGCAGCCCUCCACAGUCAGGUAGAGAAAGUGCACAUGACCAACACCAUCCUGCAGCGCAUGUGUGACGACUUCCCCCAACACCAGGGAGCAAUGCGGAGGCUGACUCUGGCCCUGUCCACCCAAUUACAGGAAAAAGUCCCUGAUCUAGAGGUGUGCUGA